UGUAGCCCGGUUGGGGCCUAGGUCCCAGGCGCGCCCUCAGCCCUCAGAAAUGAGCCACCAGACUGCUACCUCGUUACCCACUGGGACCUCCACGUGCACACCGUCGGAGAGGGUGUCCACCCUCACGGGCAACACUGCGUCCAACAGUGACCUGGCCAGUCUCUUUGAGUGUCCUGUCUGCUUUGACUAUGCGUUGCCACCCAUUCGUCAGUGUCAGAGCGGCCAUCUUGUCUGUAGCAACUGUCGCCCAAAGCUCAAGUGUUGUCCAACCUGCCGGGGCCCCUUGGGAUCCAUUCGCAACUUGGCGAUGGACAAAGUGGCCAAUUCGGUACUUUUCCCUUGUAAAUACGCCUCUUUCGGGUGUGAGAUCACUCUCCCCCACACGGAAAAAGCAGACCAUGAGGAGCUCUGCGAGUUCCAGCCUUACGCCUGCCCCUCCCCCGGCUCGUCCUGUAAGUGGCAGGGCUCCCUGGAUGCCGUGAUGCCUCACCUGACGCAUAAGCACAAGUCCAUCACCACCUUGCAGGGGGAGGACAUAGUGUUCCUCGCCACGGACAUCAAUCUCCCCGGGGCAGUGGGCUGGGUGAUGAUGCAGUACUGCUUCGGCUUCCACUUCAUGCUGUACUUGGAGAAGCAGGAGAAGUACUACGGGCACCAGCACUUCUUCGCAAUUGUCCAGCUGAUAGGAACACGCAAGCAGGCGGAAAAUUUUGCUUAUCGACUCCAGCUAAAUGGUCCUAAUCGGCGAUUGACUUGGGAAGCUAUUCCCCGAUCUAUUCAUGAGGGAAUCGAAACGGCCAUUAGGAAUAGCGACUGUCUCAUCUUUGACACCAGCAUCGCACAGCUUUUUGCAAAAAAUGGCAAUCUAGGCAUCAAUGUCACUAUUUGCAUGGGUUAAAGUGGCGAUCAAACGUUUUCUGGCCAGUGUUUAAAACCAUUGCGUUCAACUUCACAGAAAAUAGGCCCCCUCCGCCUGCCCCCCGAGACUUUUGGUAGGUGGAGCUAGUCACAUGAAGGGAAAUAAAUGGAAAGGCUGUUAAAUACAGGAAACGGUUGCAUGUUGUAACACUAAUAUAUUUAAAAUAAGUCAGCAGUAAACCACUGAAAAAAUAUAUAUAUACACCCAAGAUGGGCAUCUUUUGUAUUAAGAAAGAAAACAUUGUAAAAUAAUUCUGAAUUUGUGUUUGUUGUAGGUUGAGUGUACUGUUGAGAAAUACUGGGUUUUUGUUUCUGCGUGUGCGUGUGCUUGGGUUUUUUUUCCUUUAACUGACAAGCCAUGUUGAGUGGUCUUGGGCCACUGCUUCCCCUCUUUUGAGUCAAUACAUAGUGCUGCUGUGUGUGUAUAUAUUUUUUGUGUGUAUUUGCUAAUUUUUAUUCUUGUUUUUCAUUAAAUAAAUUUGACUUUCUUUUCUGUAAUUCAAGCUUUUCCCAUUUUUUUUGUACCUUUUUAAAGUUACUGGUUUUUUGAUAUGCAUAAUUUGUUUAUGGUAAAGUUUAUACAUGUGUGUUCCAUACAUGUUUUUUCUCCCCAUUAAUCAGUUCAUUAGAAAUACUUUAUAUUCAGCCUCUUGUGAAGACACAAGUUCCAGAAAGGAGAGGUAACAUCGGAAGAAAGAUCAGAAGCUACUUAAAACAGCUAGAAG